AUGAUUAGGAAAACAACCUGUAGCCUGGCAAGACAUGUCUCUGCUGUGGCAUGUGGAACUACCCAGGUGAGAAGAUUUCUGCAUGGUGCUUAUUUCAAGAUUCAACCCUCUGUACAGGAAGCCCUGAUGGAGGGAAGACCAGUUGUAGCCUUGGAAAGCACCAUCAUUACACAUGGCAUGCCCUAUCCUCAGAAUCUGAGCAUGGCCAGAGAGGUGGAAGAAAUUGUAACAACAAACGGAGCAGUGCCAGCCACUAUAGGUAUUUUAAGGGGUCAAAUCCACGUGGGACUCACAAAUGAGGAACUUGAGUUCUUGGCAAGCAGUAAAAAUGUAGUUAAAGUGUCUCGGAGAGAUCUUCCUUAUGUCCUCAGCCAGGGCUUGUCUGGUGGCACUACGGUGUCCGGAACAAUGAUUGCUGCACACAAAGCAGGAAUCCCCGUGCUUGUGACGGGAGGCAUAGGAGGUGUCCACUGGGGAGGAGAGAGCACUCUGGAUGUGAGUGCUGACUUGACAGAGCUAGGACGAACUCCGGUUGCUGUUGUAUCUGCAGGAGUCAAGUCUAUCCUCGAUAUUGGCAGGACACUGGAGUAUCUGGAGACUCAGGGAGUCUGCGUGUCUGCCUUUGGGGAGUCAAGGGAGUUCCCAGCCUUCUUCUCACGCCAAAGUGGCUUCCAGGCACCGUAUCACGUCCAGGAUGAAGAGGAGGCAGCUGAACUCAUUGACAGUGCUCUGGGGCUGGGCCUGAGCAGCGGGGUGCUGAUAGCGGUGCCCUGUCCCCAGGAGCGAGCUGCCUCAGGCCAGAUCAUCCAAGAGGCCACCCAGCAAGCUCUCAGUGAAGCCAGGUCCAAAGGGAUCACAGGCAAAGAACUUACCCCUUUUAUGCUACAGAAGCUCAAUGAAUUAACUGAUGGGAAAUCUCUGGACUCCAACCUUGCUCUGAUCCAGAACAAUGCCAGAGUGGGCAGCUGCAUCGCAGUGGUCCUGAGCAAACGACAGAAAGCGAGAAGGAAGGGGAAUCUGCCUCAGCAGGGGAACACAACCCCACCUCAGCCAGUGGUGAUUGGAGGUAUCAACGUUGACUUUAUAGCCAAGGCACAGAACACUGUCAUCCUGGUAACGUAUCUGUAGCAGUUUUCCUAGCAUCAUUGCCAUUUCCAGCUACUUGUACAGGAGUGCCCAGGUGAAGGGCUGGUGAGGGGGAAGGUGGU